ACGAUAAUAACUGACAUUGCAGCAUAUCUCAUUUCUCGUUUACACCCUUUACUCCCCAAAUUACUAAUUUAGUAUAUAUGUACUCUUCUGUUUGGCGGCUCCAAGUAAUUGAAAUUUCAGAAUUUCGAGGAGAAGCAAGAUUUACAGAGAGGAAAAACAGAGCGAACGAAGAAAAAUGAAGCGGCCUUCGUCUCUCCCCGUAUUGAAGAAAUUCAAAGAAACUCAUCACGCAGAUGUCAAUUCUGACAAUGGGAAAUCAGUACUUGAAGAAGACGAACACGAAAACGACGAGAUCAUUGACUUCGAGAGAAUCAGCACACCGGUGAUUUGUAAGACAGUACAGAAAUGGGAAUCCACCUCAAAAGGAGAAGAGUUAUCUUGCGAAAAGCAGGGGCUAUGGAGGCGUGAGCAAAUAAACAGAGCAACAAGGCUAGAGAAACAGCUCAAAGCAAGAUGGGCCUUAGAUGGACUUAUUGAGGAAGAACUCAAUCGCUUUAGAGCCCAAUAUAAGAGGGCCAUAGUCCCAACAAAGCUCAAAGAUGUGGCCCAAUUGAUCAUGCCUAAAUGGACUCCAUCACCAGAACUGGCCACAUUGACUUGGUUAGGCGAUUGGCGGCCCUCAACAAUCUUGGACCUACUUCAAUACUUGGCCCAUUCAUCUGGUUUUUCAAAAUCUUUGGUAGAUUCAGUUGGUAUUGAAGUUGCAUUGCCCCAGUUGAUCAACGAGUUUCGGAUCGAGGAGGCGGUAAUUGAUGAGGAAAUGACUGAGAUCCAGUCCAAUUGUAUCUUCCAUCUACCAUUUGGGCCCCAAAAGGGUGAGCUUGCAAUGGCUUGUAUCCAAUCUGAGUUUAAGAAGAUCCAUAGGGUCAUUACUAAGGCCCAAAAUUUGAGGCUGAAGGCAAUGGAAAUGGCAGUGAAAAAAGUGUUAAGCAGAACAGAUGCAGCAGAGUUUUUGGUUGCUUUUGCUGGAAUUCAAGACUUGGUUCAUCAAUGGGCUAUUCAAUACAAAUUGCAGAAAGGCCCAGUUUCUAUACGUACUAAAGCCCUGAAGUCUGGUAGCCCAUCCCCCCUCAAGCAAUAAAAUGGACAUGAUCCAUUAGUAGGCCCAUUUGAAUUCAGUGUAAACUUUCCAUAAAUUGCGAUUAAUUGUUCUUACCAUGAGAUAUUGUAAGUUUAGAAUUUUCAUUUUUUCCUUCUGAGUGGUGCAUGAACUUUAGCAUUAGUUUCGA